AUGAGGUUUCUUUUUGCCUUAUGUCACAAUGUCUUUUGUUUUUUUUGGGGGAUGUUGGACGCUGGACUACCAAAGAUCCUCCUUAUGAGAGCAUCAUCGGGCAUGAGAGCGCACGCUCUUUGGCACACGGUCAUUCCAGGAGGCGUAAAGCAAGAGCCGCAUCGUGAAUUGUACUUGAGAUUUGUAGCGCACCAAGAUCAUCGAGGAUCGCAGGACAGCAUCAUGACCAUUGGGGGACGACCGGACGGCGCGCAGAACGGACGCUGGGUCGACCACUGGCAACGAGGUGCACAGGCGGACGACGAGGUGCACACAGGAACCAAGUACCUGGACACAGCUGGACACAUGGAGGACUGGCAGGACAUGGUGCUUGGAUAG